UAGACGUCUGCCUGUUUUCCCUAGAUGGUGGGCAUGGGGAUGAAUGGACGUCCUCAUGAAUCUAUCCGGUACAGCGGCUUGGUAUUAGAAACCAAACUCUUGUCACUCGCUCAAUGCAGGGUGGAUGAUGAGAAUGGAUUUCUGGGAUGACGGCUUGGCUCCCAGGACUGAAUCAGCGACACGAUGCAAAAGUUUGGAGAGGCGGAGGUUGAGAUGGUGUGCCUCAAGUCUAAAAGGUCUUUCCUCUGACCAUGCAUGGAGGCCCCUGCUCCCUACUCUCCUCUGUGUCUCGGCAGUGGUCAUUUAUAGCCUAGCUGACAAGCUGCGUGACUUUGUGGCAGGCGUCUUCAUCCCUCAGUACCACUAUCCAUACGCAGUGGCUCUCUGCUUCACUCAGAUCUGGUGACUCUAAAGCAUUACUCGAAGUGCCUGGGCGAGAGACUGCUGGUGCCAGCUAUCUGUGACAGUGCCCAGGCUGUGAUGGCCAUGUGGGCCAGGGCCAACAGUUCCAAUACUGGUCUCUUCGCUGUCACAACACGCCUGCUGGCCCUGUUAACUAUUGGCUGGAGCCAUGGCCUGAAGCUGGCGGUGCCACCUUCCAGCCACAUCACUGUUAUCAUUGCCAUCCUGAGUGGAAUAUCUGUCAUUAUCACAGCCUCACAGGGCCUGCCAGACAUGGACCUUAUGGAGUAUAUAUACGCGCCGCUUGGCCUAAUCUUCCACAGUCUGGCCUUGACCUGGAUAGCCAAAGUCUCUGAGGUCGAGCACUGUCACUCCCCUGAAGCUCGGGUGUCUGUGUUCAAUGUCUACUACACCCACUUGGUCAACCAGAGCUUGGUGUUGGGCCCUCUGUGCCUGCUUCACCCAGACGGUCCACGGCAGGUACUGAGUCACAGCAGCUGGCAUAGCCUGCUGUUUGAUGGAUACCUGCUGGCCAUACUGCUGCUGGGGAUGAUGCUGAAUCUCCUCACUGGCCUGACCGCUCUCCAAUUCUCUCCGUUUGCUGCUGCACUGCUGCACUCAGCACGGGAACUGACACAACCAUUUCUCAAGCUCCUAUAGUUUCACUCUUAAUUUCAGGGACUGCAAAAUUGCACAAUGACAGUAUUGGGUAUAACAUAUAUGCCACAGUUGUAGCAGGAUGCAUUGCUAUUGAGGUGAUAAGGUACGUAGGCCAGGACAAAGUGGGCUAACAUCCUGACAGGAAGCAGGAAAUGAGACACAUUUUUUGGUCAGUCAAGCUUUUCUAAUGUGAAAAAUACUGCAAUUUUACCAAACUUGGAAAAUUAACUGUAAUGCUGCUCAUUUUCUAAAAGCAGUGUUUUAUCUUACUCAGUUGUUUUUGUUUCCUAUUUUAAUCUGGUGUCCCAUAAUACAUAAUUUUGGACAGUAAUGAGUUUCAUCCAAUGCCUUUCUGGAAACCUCCCAUUUUGAGCUUUUUCAUGUGAAAGAUUAGACUUUUCACAGGGCCUUGACUUG